AUGCCUCCAACCAACAAGACCUGGCAUAUCAAGCACCGCGAGGAGCUCAACAUGGACCAGAACAAAGAGUUCAUCUGUCCCUCAGAAACAUCCCCUCACAUCGCGACACUACUCAGUUUCCCCUCCGCCCGAUCAACCCUCCCAGAGCUCCACCUCAAGACCCGAAAUGAGAUCAUCAGCCUCGCGACCACAAUCGCGGAAUUCGAACCCGUCCGUCUCCACGCCAGACCAGAAGACCUACCCAGCGCAGAAUCAAUGCUAGCAGAGCGCAAAUCCUCAAUCCCAGAGUCCCAUCUAGCAAAUAUUACUCUAGUCGCUGCACCAACCAACCACUGCUGGAUCCGCGAUACAGGACCCGUGUACGUGCGCAGCGCAGACGAAACAGACACUACGCGCUACGCCAUCGAUUUCCAAUUCUGCGAAUGGGGUCACAAGACCACUGAGCGGAUUUACGGAUCCGAUCAUUCCCCUGCAGCAGCAGAGGCAGUCGAAAACUCACCCCAGUACGCUGACUGGCCUGUCAUGGACGUGGCGGCGCAGAUUGAGAACACGGCCUUUGCAGCUUCUGUUCUGGAACUCGAGAAUGCGUCCGGGGUCUCUGUCACGCGCGUGCAAACGCAUCUCAAGCUCGAGGGGGGCGGAAUUGAAGUUGACGGUGAGGGCACGUUCAUGGCUACGGAGAGUAGCAUUAUUGGAGAUGCGCGCAACCCUGGUUUUGGAAAGGCUGAUAUCGAGGCUGAGUUGAGGAGACUAUUGGGAGUGAGCGCUUUCGUGUGGUUCCCUGGUCGGAUUGGGCUUGAUGUUACGGAUGUGCAUAUUGAUGCGGAGGCGAGGUUCAUUCGGCCUGGAGUUGUGGUGGUUUGUCGUCCUCAUGACGAGGCUGAGAAGGUUCACUGGGACAUUUAUCGGGAGAUAAGGGAUGUUCUAGAGAAGUCUAUGGAUGCACGUGGACGCAGGUUCGAGGUUCAUGAUGUUGUGGAACCGGAUCCCAGGCUGGUGAAGGGUGAUCUUCCUGGUGAGGAGGUGGCGCCGGCGGCUUCGUAUGUCAACUUUUACUUUGCGAAUGGGGGCUUGGUGAUGCCUGCUUUUGGGGAUGUGGCGGCGGAUACGGCGGCUUUUGAGUUGAUCAAGAGCCUUGUGCCCGACAGAGAGGUGAGGCAGGUUGAUGUCAAUGCUUUGCCGAGGACCGGGGGUGUCCUGCAUUGUGUCACGCAGCAGAUUAUGUGA